AUGCCUGAGAGGAUUCGGAGAGUCGCUGUUAUCGGCGCCGGUCCGGCUGGGGCCAUCGCAACAGACGCCUUGGUUAAGGAACAGGCGUUUGAUGUUGUACGCGUCUUCGAACGACGCGACUUGGCUGGAGGGACCUGGGUCUACACUCCUGAGCUGCCGCCCCGAAUCCCUUCCUUGCGCACCUUAGUCGAACAACGCGCAAAUGCCCCGAUCGAUAUUCCUACAAGCUUUCCCGCAGAAACCCCGAAAUCUGAAAAGAACAACUCUCACCAAUUGCGAUAUUCAGAUACCGGUAUCCAUGAGACUCUGCACAGUAAUAUCACACCCGAAAUCAUGGCGUUUACACAAGAGCCGAUACCCCAGGCCCUGUCCGACCGAACUUUGGCACAAUAUGGCCCAGGCGCGCCAUUCAGACAUCGGGAAUUGAUCAGAGAAUGGGUUGAGGGGAUCUUCACUCGAGGAGGGCACGAUCAGUUGAUCGAGUUUAGCACCACGGUUGAGCUUGCUGAGAAAAGGGGGGAGGAAUGGGUCCUAACACUGCGAAAGGUUGUGCCCGGGAAGUCGAAGGACUACUGGUGGCAAGAAAUCUUUGAUGCAGUUAUUGUGGCAUCAGGUCAUUUUUAUUUGCCUUAUAUCCCCGAUAUCCCUGGCCUUGUUCAAUUCGACGAGAAGUUCCCCGGCAAAAUCAAGCAUAGCAAGCAUUUCCGUGACUCGGAAGAGUUUCGGGGCAAGAAAGUCAUCGUUGUUGGGGGCUCCGUGUCUGCGUUUGAUGCACUCCACGACAUUCGACUGGUCUCCCAGAAGCCAGUAAUCGCAUCACUUAAAGAACCUCUGGCCGCAUUCGGGUGGGCGCCGUUCACUCACCCCGAUAUCAUCGUCAAGCCGCAGAUCACCAACUUUUGUCCCAAAAGUGGACUCAUCACAUUCAGCGACGGAAGUACCGCGGAUGAAGUUGACACUGUCGUCUUUGCGACCGGUUAUGACUUCAGCUUCCCAUUCUUGCCCAAGCAGAAGGUGGAGAACAGACGAGUGCCAGGGCUUUACCAGCAUGUCUUCAAUAUCGAUGACCCGACCCUUGCAUUUGUCGGAAUGGUGACGGGCGGCUUUACUUUCCGUGUCUUCGAGUGGCAAGCCGUCGCAGCGGCACGAGUCUUCGCGAACCGCGGGAAGCUGCCCCGUCGAAUUGAGCAAGAAAAAUGGGAGAAGGAGAGGUUAGCAUACAAGGGUGAUGGCAUCCCCUUCUUCACCCUGUCGCCCGACUUUGAGCAAUACUUCGAGGCUUUGCGGGAAAUUGCCGGCGAGCCUGUGCGAGGAACUACAGGAAGAGUGUUGCCAAAGUUCGAUCCUAAAUGGCUUGAAGCGUUCUCUGAGGUUAUCAACGCCAGGGUUGAGUGGUGGAAGAAGGAGACAAGGAAGGCCGAAGAACAAGUAAAGCUUGAGUUCAAGCCGAAGCUAUAG